AUGUCCGCGGAGGGAAACAUAUAUGAAGGAACACUAAAGGAAUAUCCCGACUGGCUACACCAUCUAAAUAAGAAAGCUCAAACUUGUGCAUGGGGCCAAUGCGACCUUGGAGUACAUGAUCAACAAUGUUCACAAAGCUUAUACGCUUUUGAGUUGAGACACACUGAUUACCGAACACAAGAUGACGAAUCGUAG